UAUUUCCUAUAAUAAAUGAUUAAAAUUAAAUUAGGAGGAGGAAUGAAUCCAAUCGAGGGGACAAAAGGAAAGACUGGUUUGUGCGACACGGAUCCUCCUCCCUAAGGGAUAAUGCCAUUUUUAGGUUUCCUUCUGACGAUAAAAGUUCGUCUCGCAUCUCCAUUCUUACGAAGAAGCUCUGCGAACUGAAUUACUUCGACGGUGUUUUCACGUUGGAGGUUUGGAACCAUUUCAACUUCUCAGUCUCUACUGCUUUCAAUGCAUAUUCAUGAGAAUCGGAAGGUCUUCAAAAUUUAUGUUUUGCAAUGGAAGACACAAUUCGACGUGGAUAGCUAUGACAUGAAGCAAAAAUGAGAGCAGGGCAGUUCAGCAAUUCGUGCUAAAAUCACCAUCAAGUCAUUUCCUUGUACGCAUUACAAGGUUGAAAUCACAAAAUCUAGCCUUGCUUCCAUCAGGAAGAUUUACAUCGCCACAUCCUUUUUCUCUCCAAAACAACCAAAAUGGAAACUUUAAGGUCGUUCAGAAACAUAUGGGUGGUGUUCCGCCAUGUGCUCUUUCGUCGUUACGCCCUUCCCGUCAUUUUUCGAGUGCCAUUCAACCGUUUGAUGAAAUGCUAGAGAGAGUAAUAAAUGAUCUCAUUAAGUCGUCUGGCAAAUGGCCCAAGCCUGUGACAGCUUCUGCUGCUCAUUGUGUGGCCUUAAAGACGGGUGCUCUAGCUCACCUGACCACUAUGACAACUCUACUUACUAUUUAUUCUAAGGCUGGAGAUUUCAGCUCUUCAAGGGAUUUGUUUGAUGGAAUUCACUGCAGAGAUGUGAUUGCUUGGAAUGCUAUUAUUGCCGCAUCUGUUGAAAACAAACUCUACAAGACAGCGAUGGACUUUUUUGGAAACAUGAUUAAAGACCAAAGUGGGUUUGAUUCCACUACUUUAUUGCUUCUGGUAUCUGCUUCAUCAUACAUGAAUAAUCUUGAGCAAGGACGGGCAGUUCACUGUUUGAGUAUAAAAGCUGGGAUGCUUGUGGAUACAAGUUUAAGUAAUGUUCUUACUAAUAUGUACGCAAAAUGUGGCGUUUUAAAAUCCUCUGAGUAUCUUUUUUCAGAAAUAACGUAUAAAGAUGUAGUAUCUUGGAAUUCAAUGAUUAGAGGAAGUCUUCGUGAUGGUGAUCCAAAGAAAUCUCUAUAUUACUUCAGGGAUAUGGUUUUCUCCGGAGAAGAAGCGGACACCAUCAGUUUGUCUUGCACUAUAUCAGCGUCUUCUGCUUUAGGAGAGCUGGAUUUUGGUCAGUCAAUUCACGGGCUUGGACUCAAGCUAGGAUACCUGGAUAGCUUGCAUGCUUCGGUCCCCAAUUCUCUCCUUUCAUUAUAUAUACAAUGUGGAGAUAUUGAAGCGGCAGAAAUUGUAUUUAGAGAAAUGGCAUGCAAAGAUAUUGUUUCGUGGAAUGCAAUGAUGGAAGGACAUGCCUCAAAUGGAGGUGUUAAUGAAGUGUUCGAUCUUCUGCUUGAAAUGCAAGCUAAUGGAUCAGUUCGACCUGAUGCAGUAACAUUGACUACCAUUCUAAAAGUUUGUGGGAUAGUGAUGCUCUCCAGACAAGGAAGAACUGUCCAUGGAUUUGCACUACGAAGACAGAUGAUAUCUGACCUCGCUCUGCUAAACAGCUUGAUAGACAUGUAUUCAAAAUGCAAACUUGUAGAGAAAGCUGAGCUCUUGUUUAAUUCUGCCGGAGAGAGAGACUUGGUUUCUUGGAAUGCAAUGAUAUCUGGGUAUUCCCUUAAUGGUUAUUCUCAAGAAGCCCAAAGUUUGUUCAGGGAGCUCCUCCAUUGCUUCCCCAACUGCAGUUUAUCAACUGUUUUUGCUGUUCUUUCAUCUUGUAAUUCCACUAAUAGUUUAUACUUUGGAAACUCUGUUCACUGCUGGCAGUUAAAAUCAGGGUUUUUAAACCACAUUCUUUUAAUUAACUCCCUCAUGCACAUGUACAUCAAUUGUGGAGACCUGACAGCCGCUUUCUUAAUUUUUCAAGAGAAUUCAGUUUUGGCAGUUACAGCUUCAUGGAACACUUUAAUUGUGGGAUGUGUGAAGCGCAACCACUAUCAACAGGCUCUUGAAACUUUUAGUUUAAUGAGACAAAAAGCCUUUGUCAACUAUGAUUCUAUAACCUUCGUGAAUGUCUUGUCAGCCUGUGCAAAUCUUGAGCUACUCAAGAAAGGAAGGUGUCUGCACGGGCUUGUCCUUAAAUCUCCCUUGGGAUCAGAUGCCCGGGUUCAGAAUUCAUUAAUUACCAUGUAUGGAAGAUGCAGGGACAUCAAAAGUGCCAGAUCAGUGUUUGAAUCUUGUUAUUUUCCCAACCUAUGUUCGUGGAAUUGCAUGAUCUCAGCACUAUCACAUAACAAAGAAAGUAGAGAUGCAUUGGAACUAUUUCAUCAUCUUCCGUUUCAACCUAAUGAGAUGACUGUUGUUAGUGUUCUCACAGCUUGUACUCAAAUGGGAGUAUUAAGACAUGGCAAACAAGUUCAUGCCCGCAUAAUCAGGUCUGGUUUUCAGGAUAACUCGUUCAUAUCUGCAGCUCUUGUUGAUAUGUAUAGCAAUGGAGGUAGAUUGGACCUUGCUCUUCAAGUAUUUACACAUGCAGAGGAGAAGUCUGAAGCAGCUUGGAAUUCAAUGAUUUCUGCAUAUGGGUAUCAUGGAAAUGGUGAGAAAGCAAUCAAUCUGUUUCAUGAAAUGUGCGAGUCCAGUAUUACGGUGACCAAAAGUACUUUUAUUAGCCUUUUAUCAGCUUGCAGCCAUUCAAGACUCGUGAAUGAAGGUCUUGGGUACUACAACUGUAUGUUGGAGAAAUAUGAAGUACAGCCUGAGACUGAGCAUCAAGUUUAUGUAGUUGACAUGCUAGGUCGAUCUGGUAGGCUUGAUGAGGCUUAUGAGUUCAUUAAAAAAUUACCCUCCAAUUCAAGUGCAGGUUUGUGGGGAACCCUCUUAAGUGCUUGCAACUAUCAUGGAGAACUCAAGUUGGGGAGGAAAGUUUCCGAAAUUCUGUUUGAAAUGGAUCCUCAAAAUAUUGGAUAUUACAUUUCAUUGUCAAAUAUGUAUGUUGCUGCAGGAAGCUGGAAGGAUGCUACAGAAUUGAGGCAAACUAUUCAAGACCAAGGAUUAAGAAAGACCGUGGCUUAUAGUCUUAUCGAUGUUGGCUUGGGAUAAUUAUUGACUAUAUUGAUCACGGCUCUAUAUUGCAAGGUUGAUGUUCAUUAUUCUUUACAAGCCCUCUUAUGCUGCUAGAUGGUAUCGGCCUUUCUGCGACAGGUAGGCAUCAGCAUAAAUAUGUUAUAUGAGAUCUUGAUUAGUCAUUUUCGUUUGUUGUGUGAAAAGUAAGAUCACACACAUUGUAUAUUGCCCCCUUUCAAGUUGACACAUUAAGAGGUUUUAGAGUAUCCAAAUAUUGAUUCGGUUGCAAUGCAAAGACGAAGAUAAUUUUUUGCUGCUCAAACUGUUGGACCCUAUACAAAACGAAGAAAAGGGAUACUUCGAUGAAUCUAUCUCGCAGAAACACUUUCCCUUGAAAGGUUUAAAUUAUGGUU